AUGGACAGACGCCAUGGUCACGAUGAUCAGGACGAAAAGGUCGAGUUGAAUACCUAUCGAGCCUAUCAUCCGAACCAUAGCUUUGAACAGCCAGAGACUAUUUCUCCCUCUCCAAUCUCUCCGAGACCUCUCACUCCGAUCAGACCGGGCCAUUUCCCUACGGACGACUACGGCCAACCCGUUUGGCUCCAACCCACCGCUCACAUGUCGGGUCACUCAGAUUCCUAUUCCAACACGCCUUGGGAGGCUCGAACGCCGUAUGACUCGCGGUCGGCGUCACCAAGUCUGUACCAAAACAACGCCGUCCAGGAAAGUCACCAGAGUCUUGCCCCUCUAGUGAGCUCGCCUGUGUCGCCAGGAUUUGAGAAGGAUUGGGUCAAGUCUGGAUCAAUUGCUCGCAUUCAUGACCGCGAUGAUGUGGACACAUGGAAAGGAUGGAAGAGAUGGGUAUUUGCCCUGGUUCCAUUCCUCACCUUUGCCAACACCGGUAUUUACCUGUUCUAUCUUGGGCUGAGAAUUGCCUGCAUCAUUAUGGCUCAGAAUAUUGCUGGAGUCUCAUAUGCUGGAGCGUGGGUCUUUGUGGCUAUUGAAAUUGCCGUUGCGAUCCCCUCCCUCAUGCACAACUGCUGGACCAUGAUGGCCUUGAAGAAGAGAGGCCGUGCCAAGCUGAGAUUGACGGGUGGUGAAUGUCCUACAGUGGAUGUGUUCAUCACUUGCUGCGGAGAGGAUGACGAAGUCGUUCUCGAUACCGUCCGGGGUGCGUGUGACCAGGACUACCCUCGCGAUAGGAUGAGGGUAAUCAUUUUGGACGACGCCAAGUCUGCCACUCUUGAGGCCGCUUGUGAGCAACUCGCAAUGAACUAUCCCAACAUCAUCUACAUGGCUCGUGAAAAGAUCCCCGGAAAGCCCCACCACUUCAAGGCCGGCAAUCUCAACUACGGUUUGGAGCAGGUCAAUCUCUUGCCUGGAGGUGCUGGCCAGUUCAUGGCCGCAUUGGACGCCGACAUGAUUCCCGAACAAGAAUGGCUUCGCGCUAUCCUUCCCCACUUGCUGGUGGAUCCCAAGAUGGCCCUUGCGUGUCCGCCGCAACUUUUCUACAACACCCCUGCGUCGGACCCGCUGGCACAAAGUCUGGAUUUCUUUGUGCAUGUUAUUGAGCCGAUCAAAGAUGCGCUAGGUGUGGCCUGGUGCACUGGAUCUGGUUACGUUGUUCGACGCGAGGCACUGGAAGAGAUCGGCAACUUCCCACUUGGAUCCCUGGCUGAGGAUGUCGCAACAUCGACUCUGAUGCUUGGAAAGGGAUGGAAAACUGCGUACAUCCACGAGCCUCUGCAGUUUGGUACCGUGCCAGAAGACUUUGGUGGCCAUCUCAAACAGCGUACACGAUGGGCUAUUGGAACCGUCGACACGGCUGCCAAGCUGAAGUUCUGUCUUUGGGGCGAUGCUGUCAAACAGAUGACUGUCGCUCAGCGUUUCUCUGGUUUCCUGUAUGCAACUCUUAGUGUCUAUACUCUCCUGUUGACCGCUUCCCUCUUCGCCAUCCCCAUCAUCCUCUUGUGGGGUAAGCGUCUGGUUGCCUUUGCGACAGAAGAACAACUCCGCUGGCUGAUUUGGGCCUGCUUCGCCGCCACCAUCUCCAACCGUCUUUGUGAAAUGGCCCUCUUCAUCCCGGCCGGCUAUCACACCGGUCAACGAGGCUCCCGUUACCAACUUUGGAUGUCUCCUUACAUCGCUCUGUGCAUUGUGCGCGCCUUCCUGCUGCCUACCUGGUUGGGCGGCCAAGCCCAGGCCUUCAAGCCCACCGGUUCUCUCGGCUCCGCCCUAAAUGAGCGCGACCCAAAGAAAUCGAAAAACAUGUUCGUUCGCCUGCGUGUGAUUCUGCUCAAUUAUAUGGCCAGCUUCCACCUUGCCUUCGUCUAUGCCACCCUCAUUGGCGUCGUCAUCUCCUCGUACCGCUGCUUCUCCCAGAACUCUGGCUUCCAUGAUAUUAUCCUCUGUCUUAUCACGCACGCCUUCUGGCCCCCUCUUACCUUCCUCUACAUCUGCACUUCUCUGUGGACUCCCAUCUCCUAUGCCAUCGACCCACCCAUCAUGCCGGAACGUGAAGAGCUCCUCGUCCGCGACCCCAAGACUGGCGUUGCGCACCCGACCAAGCAGAGUAAGAAAAUCGCGUUUGGUGGCCAGGCUGCUUGGUUCGAACUUGAGUAUAUGGUCGCUACCGUUGUGACCAUUCUGGUGUUUAUCUACUCGUUCCUGUUCUAA